GCACAAAUUGUAGCAGCACUUUAUCUGAGUGAUAUAGAAGUGGUCCAAGUACUUGAGACAAGCAUAAUACAAUAUUAAGAGAGUUAGGAAAAUUGGGGAAUAUGAAGCUUCUUUGUGUUUUUUUAUUGGCUCUCCUUUUCUGCAUAAUGCAGAAGCCAACACUUGCAAACAAAAAGCAGUCAUAUGUGGUGUACCUAGGGAAACAUUCACAUGGAAACACACCUUCUUCCACGGAUUUUGUUCAAGCGACCAAUUCUCACCAUGAGCUUCUUGCUUCCUGCUUAGGAAGCAAAAAGGCAGCAAAAGAAGCUAUUUUUUACUCAUACACCAGACGUAUCAAUGGUUUUGCUGCAAUGCUUGAUGAUCACGAAGUAAGAAAACUCUCAGAGCAUCCAGAAGUAGUAUCAGUUUUCUCAAACAAGGUUAAGACGCUGCACACGACUAGGACAUGGGAUUUUCUUGGAUUAGAGAGAAAUGGGGAGAUUCCUGGUGAAUCUAUCUGGAAGAAAGCGAGAUUCGGAGAAGAUGCAAUAAUUGGAAACCUUGACACUGGAGUCUGGCCCGAGUCAGAGAGCUUCAUUGAUGAAGGAAUGGGACCUGUUCCUUCUAAAUGGAAAGGCUACUGCGAAACAAUAGAUGGAGUUCAAUGCAACAGGAAGCUAAUUGGGGCAAGGUACUUCAACAAAGGCUAUGGAGCUCGUUUUGGCCCUCUUAAUUCCUCCUUCUACACUGCACGUGAUUACCAUGGCCAUGGGACGCACACUCUUUCCACUGCAGGGGGUCGUUUUGUUGCUGGAGCAAACUACCUCGGCUCAGCCAAUGGAACUGCAAAGGGUGGUUCACCUAAAGCUCGAGUUGCUUCAUACAAGGUCUGUUGGCCCACCAGCAGUGGUACCUCCUGCUAUGAUGCAGAUAUAUUAGCUGCCUUUGAUGCUGCUAUACAUGAUGGUGUCGAUGUCAUUUCCGUUUCCCUUGGUGGUGCGCCUGAGGAUUACUUCACUGAUAGCAUCGCCAUUGGAGCAUUUCAUGCUGCUGAGAAAGGAAUUCUUGUAGUUUGCUCGGGAGGAAAUUCAGGGCCAAGGGCAGGGUCCAUUUCAAAUUUGGCGCCUUGGAUUUUCACUAUUGCAGCUAGCACAAUUGACCGGGACUUCCCAUCCUAUGUCAUCCUUGGCAAUAACAAGCAAUUCAAGGGAUUCAGCUUCGCAACCAAUACCCUACCACUGAAGAAGUACUAUCCCUUGAUCCGUUCCGUGGAUGCUAAAGCUUCCAAUGCUUCCGUUAGACAAGCAGAACUUUGUUUUGUUGGAUCCCUUGAUCCAAUGAAGGUGAAAGGGAAGAUUGUGCACUGCCUUCGGGGUGUGAACUCAAGAAUCGAGAAGAGCUUCGUGGUUGCUCAGGCAGGUGGUGUCGGAAUGAUCCUGGCUAAUCAGCUUGCGACUGAUGCAGUCUUUUAUGAAGCCCACUUCCUCCCCACUUCACACGUCUCUGCAGCUGAUGGCCUAGCCAUUUUGUCCUACAUAUAUAAUACAGAGUCACCGGUAGCUUAUAUUAGUGGUGCAACAGAACUAGGCAUGGUACCAGCACCAGUUAUGGCGGCAUUCUCCUCUGCUGGACCUAAUACAAUCACUCCACAGAUCCUUAAGCCGGACAUCACUGCUCCAGGAGUGGGCAUUUUAGCUGCCACAACAGCAGCAAUAGGUCCUUCACGUUUACAAUUUGAUGAGCGUCGCGUUGCCUUUGGCAUCUCUUCCGGCACUUCUAUGUCAUGCCCUCACAUCUCGGGCAUUGCAGGUCUUCUCAAAACCAUGCAUCCUGAUUGGAGUCCAUCUGCUAUCAAAUCCGCAAUCAUGACUACUGCUAGAACCAGAGGCAAUGUGAGACAACCUAUUACGAAUGCUUCAUUCGCCAAGGCAAGCCCUUUAAACUAUGGAGCGGGACAUGUGAGACCAAACAGUGCAAUGGAUCCGGGGCUGGUCUAUGACUUGAACAUCACUGAUUACAUGAACUUUUUGUGCGCCAUUGACUAUAAUAAGACUCAACUGGCAAAGCUUGUGCAAGAACCAUACAAAUGUCCCAAAAGUCCCAAAAGUCUCACAGAUUUCAACUAUCCUUCUAUCAGUGUCCCUAAACUUUCUGGCAAGAAAACAGUGACUCGAACCUUAAAGAAUGUUGGAACUCCAGGCACAUACAAAGUUCGCGUUGAUAUGCCUAAAGGAAUACUAGUAAAGGUUAAGCCUGAGUCUCUAGAGUUCGAGAAAUUGGGAGAAGAGAAAAUGUUCAAGGUCACUCUUGAGGCUAAGGGAGACAUUUUGCACGGUCAGUAUGUGUUCGGAGGGAUUGUUUGGUCUGACGGGAAGCACCAUGUGAGGAGUCCUAUCGCAGUGAUGGCGCGCAGGAAGAGCUAAAAUGGCGCCAAGCUACGUACUUCGGCAAAGGUUUAAUAUUUUGUUAGAAUGGUGUUUCAAUAAAUAAAUUAGUUGCUAUCUAUGAAGAAUAAACAAACAUGUGGAAUUGUAUUCUUAUGUAAUUAAUUUUUUUUCUUGCUUGA